UACUUUUUAUUAUGAAUUUCACUAUCGUACGAUGUUUUUUUUUUUCUUUAUUAAGAUAAAGCCACGUGUGCAAUAACAUGUGCGCUCAGUAUCGACCUAAACAUUUUAAGUAGUUGAGAUGAAGUGCUAUGGCAAGUCUCUCAUAUCUUGAAAUAAUAUUUAACGAUUUAAAUCAAAAAUUGAUCAUUAUAUUAAAAUAAUAUAAUAUAAUUGUGCGUGUUAUUUAUAAAUUAUAUUUUAAAAGUAUAAAAACGUGUAACAUUUAUAAUGGUUCGGUUUAAACACAGGUAUUUUGCAAUUGAAAUAGAAAUAGUGAAUAAUAAAAACAAAUCGCUCAAACCACCAGCAUUGCUUAAUGCAAUUAAAAAAAAAAUACAACAAUUAUAUGGAGAUUAUGGAUUGGCUGCAGCAUCGAUUGGAUUCUUAACUAAAUAUUAUAACUCAUCUACAAAAAUAGCAUUCGUUAGAAGCAGGCAUGGACCACAUAGAUUUGUAUUAAAUGCUCUUCCAUUGAUUAACGAUAUUGAUAAUCAAACUGUUAAAAUAAAUAUUAUUUAUAUCGGUGCAACUAUAAAACAUUGUUUCAUUAAUGUUAGAAGAUAUCAGCAGAAAAAGUUGGAAGAAGUAUGGGGCUCUCUUAAAACCGAUCAACAAAGAAAAGAAAUGCUAAGGCAUAUGGAUUCUACAAUAUCAGUGAAAGAUUUUAACAAACAAUACGUUAAUAAGUAAUAUUUAUUAAUAUAACAAAAAGAGAGAGACUGCUAUUUAUCAGGUGAAUAAAAUUUCAAAAGUGGCGCCAUUUUGGCGUUGCUUACGUCACGCUUA